CACCGUCACUUGGACUACUCGCCUUAACAUUAACUACUAACUGUCACUCGUUUAUUUUUCACGCCCGAGGAUUUUACAUCACACGUUUGCGUCCUAGUUGUGAAUUUCGCAAAAUAGUCUUUUUGAGAUGACGAGUAAAAUGAAGUUUGUUCGGUCCCUGGUGAAGACUGUAGCGCUGGCCAAUGUGCCAAAACACGUCGAUCAUUUCUCAAAGUUCUCCCCCUCUCCUCUGUCUAUGAAGCAGUUCUUGGAUUUCGGUUCGAUCAAUGCCUGUGAACGCACGUCGUUUGUCUUCCUUCGUCAGGAGCUUCCUGUUCGUUUGUCCAACAUCAUGAAGGAGAUCAACCUGCUGCCGGACCGGCUGCUGGCCACGCCCUCCGUCCAGCUGCUCCAGAGUUGGUACAUCCAGAGCCUGAUGGAGAUCCUUGAGUUUCUGGACAAGAACCCGGAUGACCACAGAGUCCUUGCGAUGUUUGUGGAGGUCUUGGAGUCCAUCAGGAACCGGCACAACGAGGUGGUCCCCACCAUGGCUCAGGGAAUUAUUGAGUACAAAGACAGUUUGGGCCAGCAGGACUCUGUUACUGACCAUAACAUCCAGUACUUCCUGGACCGCUUCUACACCAGUCGCAUCUCCAUCCGCAUGCUCAUCAACCAGCACACUCUUGUCUUCAACGGCAACACAAACCCCGCCCACCCAGACACCAUUGGCUGUAUCGACUCCAUGUGUGACGUGACAGAGGUUGCAAGAGAUGCCUAUGAGAGUGCUAAGUUGCUGUGUGAACAGUAUUACCUGGGAGCACCAGAACUGGAGCUAAGGCAGAUGAAUGCCAAUAACAAUAAAGAGCCAAUCUACAUCUCAUACAUCCCAUCUCACCUGUACCACAUGCUGUUCGAACUCUUCAAGAACGCCAUGAGAGCAACCAUUGAGAACCACGAGGCCAGCAGGACCCUCCCACCCAUCAAAGUCAUGGUUUCCCUAGGUGGAGAGGACUUGUCAAUCAAGAUGAGUGACAGAGGAGGUGGUGUUCCCUUCAGGAAGACAGAGAGACUCUUCAGCUAUAUGUACUCCACAGCUCCCAGACCCUCCAUAGGAGACAAACACAGAGCCCCACUGGCAGGGUUUGGCUAUGGUCUGCCCAUCUCUCGACUCUACACUCGCUACUUUCAGGGAGACUUACAGCUCUACUCUAUGGAGGGUUACGGCACUGACGCAGUCAUACACCUGAAGGCUUUGUCUACAGACUUUUGGAGGCAGACGAUUGGUGCGUUCCCUCCAAGGAGCCCCUGGACCUGGCUGUGUACCGUGCUAACAAGUGAUUCAGUCAUGACCGGACAUGACCUGAUACAAACCCCUUACAAGCUGACCAUAAAAUGUCCCUUGAAGGCAGGGCAUUGUGGGACCAGAUGUAUUAGCCGUGCGGUAGACGGAAGCUGCAGGGACCAAAAAGCGGAGAAGGCAGAGCAUCAGCAUCCUGAUUGUCUGGGAACUUCCUUGAUUGGAGCGAGCAUCUUCUCCCUGUUUUUCCCUUCACUGUCUGUACAUGAUGGGCGUAUAUUCAAAGAUGCAGUGGUAGAAAUCCAAAACGAGAGACCGAGAUGGAGAGAUGCAUUGAACUGAUGGACAGGCUUGAUUGUGGACAAUAUCUGACCAAUGAGAUUGGGAUUUACAAAUACAUAUUACCCAGAUAUAAGCAAUCUGCAUAGUUUAUUCCUUUUUUAUGGUGCUUCUAAACCAGUAAGGUUUGAAGAGGCCAGGAAUAUGUUUUCCUUAGAGACAAAGACCCUGUUUCCAUUUAGCAGUAACGUGGUCAGAGUGAUCGAAACACAAGUGGACAGCUCUCAGUCUGUGUGUUCUCACCUGGCAGUAGCAUGCGUCUCCACAUGCGUCUUUAGUUACCACUUGUGAUCUGAUUCCACUUUCCCGGUCUGUAUGUAAAUUAACACGUACAUAAUUUCCGUUUGUGAAACACCAAAUGCGUUGCUGUUUUUAACCGGCGGGGAUCACUCAGACCACAUGUUACUGCUAAAUGGAAACAGGGUCAAAAAGUGCGUGUUAAUCUGUUGAAUCACUGCUCAGUUACUGAUAGUACACAAGGAUUAAAGAUCAUUUGGUUAGAGUUUAGCCAGUGCUUUAACAUUGUCAGCGAGUUAUGUAAACGUAUGUUGACAGUAAUGGUUAUCCAUUAAUCAGCUUUGAUAAAAGCUUCGAAUGUGCCUUAAUCAGUUUGUUGCUGAAACUGCAUUGAGUGUAUUAUAAAAUAUACUGUAUAUUGUGACUCACUGUGUGUAUUUCAAAUGUCUGUGACCCAGGCAGUGUGUUAUUAUGUCAUUUGAAAUGUCUCUAUAAUAUU